AUGGCCUCAAUCCCGGAAGAUUUCCUCAGGGGUCUAUCCCCAAACGCAACCCUCCACAAAAUCGACUUCGAACACACAACGCCAACCAUUUUCGCGUACAAAAACAACUUUGCCGCCAUAAUCGACAACUUCAUGACAGAUUCCGAAUGCAAAGACCUCCUCAACCUAGCAGAAGAAUCAACAAGCACAGAGCUCCCAGACUCAACCCUCUCACCCCCAAAAUGGGAACGGGCCAUGAUAAACGCCGGGAACGGGAAACAAAUCAUGUCAGUGGACUCUCGCAAAAGCGGCCGCAUUAUAUUCCACUCGCCUGAGAUCGCACAGAGACUACUCGAUCGACUGAUGCCCUUCCUGCGCCAAUGUGAGAUUCAUCAAGUCAAAGAUAAGCCCUUCGUUACGGGUCUCGGGCCAGCGAAGCGGGGAGAGGUGUACAAUAUCACUCGACUCAAUGAGCAGUUGAGAUUCCUGCGGUAUGAGGGCGGUGAUUAUUUCCGAGCUCAUACUGAUGGGUGCUAUGUCACGCCUGAUGGGAAAGAGAAGUCUCUUUAUACUAUCCAUUUAUACUUGAAUGGAGAGGGGGAGCAGGAUAUGGAGGUAUUACAGCCGUAUAUUACCGAGGCUGAGAAGAAGUAUUAUCUGUUUGAGGAGGAUGGGGAGAUCGAUCUGAAAGAGGUUGGGGCUGAUGAGGUUGAGGUUGGAGAUGGAAAAACGGGUUUCCUUUCUGCUGAAGAGUCUCUUGAGAAGGCUGAUACGCUGCUUGGGGGUGCGACUUCAUUUACGGAUGGCUUCAAAGCUAAGGAUUCUGUGCGGGUUUUCCCCAAGGCGGGCUCUAUUUUGAUCUUCCAGCAGAGGAAUCUUAUGCAUAGUGGGGAUGAUGUGUUUAGAGGGGUCAAGUAUACGAUGAGGUCGGAUGUUAUGUAUUCUUCUUAA